AUGUUCGACAGUGUCGUUCGCGGUGGUUUUGCGGGCACUACACCGAGGGAGAUGAAGCGUGGAUUCAAUCAAACAAAGGAGAAGAACUUUGUAUGUCUUAAGGUUCUGUAUAUGGAAAACACUGAAAUGUUAGCUGAGCACAUCUCGCUGCACCAUAAUGAGAAGGACGGACCUGUCACUCAAAGCCAGCUGCUUUCAAAUGUACGGGUGAUAUUGAAUAGGACCUUCUACAUCUCUGUGAUUUGGUCACGCUACUUUUGGUUCCUUACACGAGACAGCCUUAUUGGCACAGUGAUCAUUCUGUUCGUCGCUGGUUUACUUAGCCAGGCGAUGCGGGCUGAUAUAUUACCAAGGAGUGGACUGAUUCGUAUUGAUAAGGAAAUCAAUUCCAUGGAAAUCGUCGAUUCGCGUUUGGGAAGCUUCGAGAAGAAGCGACUGAUGUGGGAGCUCCUGUACAACGAAAAACUUAAGAACUUGGAGCAGGUCAUGUUUAAUUCACUGUCGGAAAUCCGUAGUGAAACGCAGAAGUUACACGCGGAGGUUGAGCGGUAUAGAAGCGAGCAGGAAAGGCUCAUACAAGGUGCCGCCAAAACCUUUGGAAGCUACUUUGCUAAUCAGCUGAAAGGAGUUGAGGCAGAAGUAAGCAGUCGCUUGAACGAUAUCGAGUCUCGAAUUGCGGCAACGAAUGAGCAGAUGCUGAAGUAUGCGAAUUCUUGUCUUACGUUCUCAAAGUCAUCAUGCUUGGAGUCGACUGCAGGUGUGAUGGCGAGAAGGCAUGCAGUGAAUCUGGCCAGUAGGUCACAUGGUGCUUCCGUCGUUCCACAUCUCACUUCAAAGCCUGUCACUUCCGAAUCUCUGUUGUACACUUUUGUCGACGCAGUCUUUGGCCUGCAAACGUACAACUUCGCCAUCACAGAGAGGACUCACAUUAUGCCAUCUGAAGCAUUCUGUUUCGCUGGUUCUGAAGGUAAUUUGACGAUUCGUCUUUGGUCAAACACAACCAUCGAAGCGGUUGAAUACGAACACGAUUAUUGGCGUAACCACGUUCCAAUUAGCGCUCCAAAGCAUGCUCAACGCUGUACGAUGUCUGUUUAUCUUCUCGAAGAUGGUGCAGCCGUUGCACCAAAUAAUGCUGUCGUCAGCAGUGUGCUUGAUGAUCGUAAAAAUAAGCGUAAAGGAUUAAAUGUGACCGCAUUAGAAAUUAUGAUUCGCUUCGCUUAUUUUGAAAUAGGCUUCCACUUAGUGUAG